AUGGCAACCUGGACGUGUUCAUACUGUACAUUAGUUAAUCCUUUGGCUGACCGCCUGUGUGGAGCAUGUGGUUCUGAAAACCCAAGUUCUAUUAAACCUCGCAAGUCUUUUUUGCCCAAAAUAAUUGCAAAGCCAAUUUCUAGUGUGAAAACUACCCUUGUCGAUAUAUUCACCGACGAUCGUAAUUAUCCUCCACGACCUCCACAGAAUAUAAUAAUUGCCUCUGCUUCUUCUUCUUCACAAAUUCAGAAUGUUUAUACGAGUACACCAUCAACACAUAAGCCUGCCAUGAUACCGAGAACGGCCAGUGCUCCUGUAUUUGACAAUAACCUCCAAUGGUUAUGCGAGAACUGCCAUUCUUACAAUUCUAAUGUUAAUCGAAAUUGUCGAGCUUGUAAAACGCACAGAACUUAUCGCGAAAACUCUGAGGGUGAUCUUUCUUGUUUGAAAAGCGCUUCUCAGAUCACUUCUAAUUGUUCUGAAAUUACGAAUAUCGUAGAUUUAGAUGAUCGAGCUAGAGCUGCAGAAACUUAUAAUAGAAUCGUUGAGCACUGCAGGUCGUCAAACACUAUCUUUAUCGACGAUGCUUUUCCUCAUUCAAAUAAGAGCCUGGGGGAUCUUCCUAAUGGAGCACAGGCUGGAACUGUGGGAUCUAUACCUACCGAUUUCGUUUGGUUGAAACCAGAAUAUAUUUAUACGAAAGACGGUAAAACUUGGAACUGGAGUAUCUUCAGAGAUCCUCGUUCUUCUGACAUUGAGCAAGGUUCGUUAGGCGACUGUUGGCUUUUAUCAGCAAUGGCUUUAAUAGCUGAGCGUCCUGAUAUUCUGGAUAGCGUUGUACUCACAAAAGUGUAUAACCCUUAUGGAGUUUAUCAAAUAAGAAUAUGUGUUGAUGGUACUUGGUGUGUUGUUACUGUUGAUGCUUUUUUUCCAUGUCGAGCCAAUCGAAAUACUCUCGCCUUUGCGGUGGGGAGAAAGAAUCAAUUAUGGGUGCCUCUUAUUGAGAAAGCCAUAGCUAAGAGGCUAGGAUGUUAUGCUAACAUAGUUGGAGGACGCACGAUAGAAGGCCUUUCCAUGCUCACAGGAUUACCAUGCCAAACUUUGUCUCUUGAAGUCAAAGAACCUGGUGAUGAUGAAUAUUUAUGGGCUCAGCUAUUAAGUGCGAAUGAAGCAGGUUUCAUUCUCGGCUGCAGUUGCGGCUCACAUGCAGGAGAAGUUGACACUGAGAUGUAUCGUGCCAAGGGGUUAACGCCUCGGCAUGCCUACUCCAUAUUAGAUCUUUGCGUUGAGAAGCAAUUCAAAUUAAUCCGUUUGAGAAAUCCUUGGGGUUCUUUUGUAUGGAAUGGCGCUUUUUCUGAUAACUGGCCAUGCUGGGAUAAAGAUAGCAAAGAAAGACUACUGAAAGAGAAAAUAGCGGGCUCUUUUUGGAUGACUUUCAAAGACUUCAUGCAACAUUUCGACAGAGUCGACUUAGCCAAGAUCCGUUAUGAGCGACCAUGGACUGACACGAGAAUCCCAAUACAACUUGGUGGAGCGUAUGAUCCGUCUGAUAAAUGUAUACGAUUCAUUAUUGAACAGCCGACGGAAAUGUGUUUCAGUUUGUAUCAUACAGAUAGCCGUCAAACGGAAGAUCGAAUAGAUCUAUUAAUUUGUGUUCAUGAAAGAACAAGAGAAGGGAAGAUAGGAAAGCUAAUAUUCAGAUCACCAAGAACAUUGGAGUCAUUUGUCUGCACAGAAGACACUUUCUUUAGUCCUGGAGAAUAUGUGAUUGUUUGUCAUAGUAUGUCACAACUUGGUUAUGCCAAGCAGGCCGGCUGCUUAGCUAUACAUAGUUCCGUGAGCGUUUUUGGAGAACUCAUAUCCUGCUCAUCGCUGAUGUACAGAGACUCUCUUAUUCAACUCAUGAUCAAAGAUGGCAACCAAACUUUCCUUCACCAAAAUAUAUUGGUCCGUUCCAUUACAAAGACCAUAGGUGGUUUGAUACUCAUGGUUGACAAUAAUUCCCCGGAUUCCUAUAUUCAUAUGACAACCGACUGCUCCUCCAGUAAUAAUGUUGUUUCUUCAAGAGGUACUGUCUUAAUGGCAGAUUCUGUUCCACCCAAAUCGCGACAGAUUAUCGUUGUGUUGACACAACUUGAACAUACAUCUUCUUAUCUGGUCGGGCAUCGCAUUCCUCCGGUUCGCUUUUCGAAAUUUCCAGCACUAGGAGAACUUGCUCUUGAUGAAAAUACCAUAGAAGCCAUGCAUUCCCCUCUUAUGGAGAAUGAAACAUCUGAAACAGUUUACUGUGAUACAUCUGUGAUAUCGUGUUUAUACGACUUGCGAUACAUUCCUGAUUUAACUACAGAUAUGAUAUCUAUAAACCUUUUAUAA